AUGACAUUAUUCACAGCCUCCGUCCUGGAAGAGCCAUUCCAGCUGCCAAAUUGCACAUGCCGCAUAGCGCACGACGAUAUGAACCUCUUCAACGCCAUCACAAUCAUCGGUGUUCUGCCGGUCUUGGCGUUUAUCGGGCUCCUCUCCAACCUCGUCAACAUUUGGGUCUAUCAGCGCGGCCACACCUCGGCCGAACGCUACCUAAUGGCCCUGUCGCUGAGUGAUUUUGGCGUUUGUAUGAGCGGGAUCCUGGUGAUUGCAGCCGAUUCGCUAAGAGCGCACAACUUUUAUGUCGACCAAAUAUUUGUGAUUUUACUGCCGAAACUGAUUCCGUUCGGACUGUUCUUCCAAAUGACCAGCAUUUAUGUCACGGUGGCGGCGGCGGUCGAUUGUUACAUUGCGGUUUGUCGGUAAGUAAUUUUUUGGGGUUUCUGGGAAAUUCAGAAGGCUAGUAGCAAGGUUAUUUUUGUAAUCCUUAAAGGGCUAAACGAUGUUUGAGCUCUUCAGCAAGAUUGUUUUGAUUAUUUUUGAAGAUUUUGGCGUAAAAAGAUACUUGACGUGGUUACCAAGGAUUUACUGAGUUCUUUUGUUACUCAAAGAGGUUUUUUGAGGGUAUUAGUGUGUCUUCAACAAUUGACGUUUUACUAUAGUAUUCAAGUGUUUUUGCAGCGUGCAGAGUUCUUUGAAGAGUCCCUUAUGGUUUCUCUAAAUUUGAAAGGUUUCGGAAAACCGCAUACCUUUACAACACUUUCAUAACAUGUUUUUAUGAAAUUUAUGAUCUAUUUCAAAGAAGAUUACAGUUGUUUGAGUGGGAUAAAAGGGUAUUUUCAUGAUGCAUUUCACGGCUUUUGCUCUCUUGACCUUCCCUCAUGAGUCAUAAAAAUUUUGAGUUCGGAGAGCCCCGUCAAGAAAUUCUUUGGUCAUAAAAAUGGCAUUUUUUGAGUCACCAUGACACAUAUUUUAAAAUACAAUAAAAACACAAAGUGACGAAAAUAUUUUUGACGAAAAAUCAAAUUUUCCCAAUAAAAUCGGUCCAAAAAUUUUAAUCAAAGCUUUUCAGGCCCUGGGUUUGUUUCCCCAACAAAUUUCGCCGAUAUUGUUGCAUCGAGAAUGCGAACAAAAUCCUCACGUUUGUCGUGAUCUGCACCGCUCUCUACAAUGUCAUCCAAUUCGGCGAGCUCGAAGCGGUUCGCUGCUUUUCCCAAGCAAUGGCACAGCCGCUCUACGAGCUUUGCCCGACCGCAAUGAGGCUGAACAUGCAGUACAUUACGAUCUACCGCGGCUACAUGUACACGAUCACAAUGGCGUUCUUCCCAUUCGCGGCGUUGUCGGCGCUGACGGUGCUGAUUAUUUGCGAAAUGCAUCGGCGAAAGGAUACGGUGUCGCAGGAGGUACAAGUCGAGACUUACAAGGAGUUCACGGCGGUUUCUGGUGAGUGGGACGAAGAUAAGAAAAAGGUUAAAAUCAAGAUACUCCGUCGUAUUUUAGGAUCAAAAAAUUGAGUAAAAAUCUAUGUUGUUCUUUAUUUUGUAACACUCGGGUUAAAAUAGCCAAGAAGGACAAAGAAAUUUGAGUCAUUGCCUGUCUUACCGUCUGAAACUUGAUGAUGACAAGUCCCAAGAAAGGGAUCAUUCUAACGUAGGCGAGAAGGGAAGAUUUCUCUUCUAAACUUCCGUCCAUUAAUCCUAAUUGUGUUAUAGUCAUCAUGAGCAAUAUGUAAUAUGAAUAUAAAACGUCCUAAAUUUACUAAUUCUGUAAAAAUGCAAGAUUUGGUUCCAAAGGCCGAAACUUCUCAAUUUAGUGACUAAAAUUUGAUGGAACUUUCUUUAAUUUUGGGUAAAAAAGUUUAUUGUUCGAUUACAGAAACUUCAGUGCACGAUGCCGGCUCACCGAUUGUUCUUGUCCUCGUUGUGGUCCUCAAUCUUGGCUGCAGCUUCAUCUCCUUGUUGGUGAAUGUGUGCGACAUGUUUGAAGAGUAAGUUAAUCAAAAAAAAAAGCUAAGCAAACGUAAUGCUGGGCCUUACCGGAAAACUCAUAGCCCCGGAACGGCCAUAAGAAAGAUUACUCCCCUUGGAUACCCCAAGUGUAACAGAUAUUCAUACCAAAUUUAAUCUUUUUUCGUUUUCAGCGCCCUAUCACACGACGUCCAAAUGGCUCUUAUUGACAUCGGGAAUCUAUUGGUUGUUUUUAACGCAACAGCAAACUUUGUAAUCUACAGCUCCACGUCGCCCACCUACAGAGACCGAGUCCGCGAAUUGUUCAAAGUGCCGGCCAAGACUCCGUCCAAAACUCCGGUUUAA